AUGUCGCAAAGUACCUCGGACGGGAAGCGCAAACGCGUCGAGAUCGAUCUCACCAACAGCGGUGAGGAACCGGACGGUGAUCUAGACGCACCGGCCACCAAAAGAACUCCGGCUGUAAAGAAUGCUCACAGGAAUGCAGCAAACCGCAGCACGUUACCGACACCCCCGGCGAGUAGUGCUCGCAGCAAUGGCUACGAGAGCGUGUAUGCUGCACCGGGAAGCUCGGACCCUCAGGCGUCACAACAUUUCACCCAGACUGAUCGUGACGCUUGGUUAGCUGAUGAGGACUUCAACUCGAUUGUAGCUUCUUCCCAGAACGAAGCCGAGUUCAAUGAUCAACUCUAUCUAUAUGGCCAGCUACCUACGAAGGUUGUGGGUGUGCGAUAUUACAGAGGCUACGCAAAUCCAGGAGAGCAAAUUCUCGUAAGACGUGAACCUGGUAACGAGUAUGAUUCCAAUGCCAUCCGGAUCGACAAUGCAUCUCGCCAGCAGAUUGGCCACAUCCCGCGUACUAUGGCGGUGAAGCUGGUAAAGUACAUUGACAACGGUUGGUUGGCCGUCGAAGGCAAGCUCAACGGAGAGAUUGGUCAAUUCGACUGUCCGCUUUCGGUGUAUCUUUACGGAGUCAAUCCGGACAGCGAUGAAGGCCGACAGCUGCGAGAUCGUAUGGUCGCGGACAAGUUACCUAUCAGAGCUUUGCAAGAAGCUGAAGCUCGCCGCAAGCAGCAGGAGAAGGAGAAAUUGGCAGCUGCCAGACGCGCUGCAGCCGCUUCCAAGAACUCAAAGUUCACGAAUCAAGCGAUUCCUGGUGGCAGCAGCCAGGUCGACAUGUCCGAUAUCAUGGAAGCAUCGCAGCGAAUCAAUCCUCGAGACAUUGCCAAUUCUGCCGAGCAGCUGGGGACUUCUGAGGAAGAUCUCAGCGCCAUGCCAAUGGCCGAGAAGCCCGAUAGUAUUCAGACAGAGAUGCUCCCAUAUCAACGCCAGGCAUUACAAUGGCUCCUGGAUCAGGAGUGUCCAAAAUCGCCUGGAGCUUCACCGAGAGACGCGGUUCAGCUCUGGACCUUCUCUAAUGGCAAGUACACCAACCUCGCUACCAAUCACUCAACUCAGAAUCAACCGAUUCUGGCGUCGGGUGGUAUCCUCGCCGACGACAUGGGCUUAGGCAAGACAUUGGAAAUGAUCUCCCUAAUCGCAGCAGAUGUCGAGAAGUUUGGCCGUGGCACCACGCUUGUCGUGGCUCCUCUCUCCAUGAUGUCCAAUUGGAGUGGACAGAUCGCUACCCAUGUGAAAACGAAAGAUGAAACGAGUGUGUACACAUAUCAUGGCGCAGGACGCACGAAGAUGAAGUCACAAGACUUUGCGCAGUACGAUGUCGUAUUGACAACAUAUCACACCUUGGCAAGCGACUAUAUGCCCGGUGGAAGUGACAGGUACAACAAGCUUUUCUAUCGAUCGGAGACACGCACGACACACCAUUCGAAAGCGCCUAUUAAGGCUAUCACCUAA